GCACUGCACUUUCUGGUAACUGGUAGCCGUACAAAUGGCCGCAACAUACCGGUAUUUGUACCAAUAUUUUACAUCACUUCCGAUAGACUGAAAUACACGACUCGCUCUCUUUUUUUAUAUUCCACAUUUUGUAUUCUAUUUUAUUUAUUCGCCUUAGGAACACUCUUGACCUCGCUUUAGGUAAUAUUUUUCGAGCAGGACGAAUCGAGGUUCACCCGCAAAACGCCAAUUUGCGGUAGCCCAAGGGUGAGGGAAGAGGAAAAAAGGGGAGGAGGAAGAAACCUGGCUUGAAUAGAUUUUCUGCUAGAAAUCCCAUAUUUCGCCGUCUACGGGAAAAGGAUACGACUGCGGAGUUGCUUAUUCUUAGCAACUGCCUGCGGCCCACACGCGGGCUCAAUUACUUCUCUUCCUUUCUCUUCUCCUCAUCAUUUCCCCGAGGACGCUGCUAUCCCCGGGUUAGCUUCUUCUCUAGAUCUCUGGCCUUACAAGUACCUCUUGCACUCCUCGCCGCCCUAUCCCUUCCCGCCCUUUUAGCCCCACCUGCGGCCAGCCUUUCUGCCUGCAACUUCCCGCCCGCGUAUUCAUUUCAAACGCAUCACUCUCCCAUAACCUAAUAAGGAGCGGUUCAUUCUUGACGAAAUCCCGAGCGAUAUUAUGAACAACGAUGGCACUUCCCUGUGGUCUCACCACCACCAGGCCUCACCGACCUCGGGCGGAUCAGGAGACAAUGCUACCGAGGACUUUUCAAGUCUAUUCGACUUCAACAACAUUCAGUUGAGCAUGUCUUCGCCAUUCGACACCACGGGUGCACAAGAUGAUCACCCGGCCAUGGAUACCGACUUUACGAAUGCCGAUGAGCUUCGGGCAAAUGGACAGUCAAGUGAUGUGGGUGGCCCACUAGACACGGCGGGUUUAUUGGGUUCGGAGGACAUGCUGGAUCUGCGGUUUCAUGAUUUGCAUUCGUUGCGGGCGUCGCAUCAACAUCAACACCAUCACCAUCACCACCAACAGCACCAACACCAGCAGGAACACCAUUCGCAAAUGCUAGCUCGCCAACACAUGAUACAGGGUGGGAUGAUCCCCCCUACCCCCUCGAGUAUCGACCUUCAGACCGGCCUUCCACAUGGCCCGUGCUCGCAUAUGGGUUCGCAAUCGGAUAUCAUGAUGGAAAGGUAUAAUAGUUUAAGAGAUGAGCAGGUGUGAUUCUUCACCCUUGCCUAUCCUGGCAAUCUUUAAUUGAAUCACUGACAUUGAUAGAUGAUAUUUACACCUCUGGUUUCACCUGCGGUCACUCCCCUGGACACCAACUUUGUACACCAGGUUCCUGAAUUCACAAUACCCGGCUACUUUAGCCCUUUGACCUCUCCUGCCCUCGAUGCUCACCCUCAUAGGACCCAUAUGCCCAAUCCACAUAUGAUGCACACCCACUCCCAAUCGGCAUCUCCGAUUGACCCAGUUGACUCCCCGAACAUCAAUAAACGGGGAAGCACAGGCCGACGAAAAUCGACCACGUCCCGUAAUCCUGCCCGGGUGGUCCGGGAGUCGCCAAGCAUGAAGGCGCAGAGGAAGAAGUUACCAGCAGCAUUGGCCGCAACCCCAGAGCUCGCGAAUGCACUUUCGAAACAGCCCCCAACCCCCACGGCGGUCCGGCAAAGUGCAUCACAAUGCCGGGGUCGGGAGCAGAUGGGGUUCCAAUCAAGUACAGAUGCCUCAUCGAACGAAUCGGUAUCUCCUGAGCCUCUACCGGAGGUCCUGAUGGCGCCCCCACCACCUCGAAAUGGCAAUUCCCAAUCCCCACAGAAUGGUCGAUCAGACGAUGGGUCGUCCACCUCAACAACACCUGGAGCACCAGCAACCCCCGCGUCAUUGAUGAAGUUGACGAAGACGAAUCUGCCGACAGAAGAUAUCCCGCCAAUAGCUAUGGAGACUUCCGAUUUCCUGAAUGGCGACGUCGAGAGGGUAAUGGCCGAUGCUCCCCUGGUUUCCCGGAAUGAUAAUGAAGCGGGAGGUGGAGGGGCAACUGCGAUUAUGGCGUCCCCGCAUCUUGAUGCAGACAAUCAAUCAACGCCCACUAUUGGAGCUAGCAAGACACCAUCACUGAAGCCGGUGCCUUCAUCAGGUAGUAGUGUCUCAUCGGGGUCAAGGCAUGAAAGUCCGAUAAACAUACAGACGCCGGGCAGUGUCCUUAACAAACAAAGGGUUAACAAAAGUGGGACUAGUGGACGCGGGGGGAAACGGGGGAGCGUUAGUUCGAGCCCUGGGCUACAGCCCAAGAUUUCGCCAAGUAUCAAGCCUCUAUUACCUUCAGGAAUGACCCCCGAAGCGUCCACCCUCCUCCUGAAAUCCAACUACCAAAACAUUGUUGAGGGCACGCAUAAGCAAUUAGGUCUCUCAUACCCAGCCGACCUCUCGACAAAUCUAACCUCGAAACGAACAUCACACAAGAUCGCUGAGCAGGGCCGUCGAAAUAGAAUCAAUAACGCACUCACUGAGAUCGCCUCCUUGUUGCCUCAAAAGGCCACUCCCUCUUCUUCCGGCGGGGGGAGUAAUUCCGAUGGAGGAGGUGGAGGAGAGGGUCGGAGUAGUAUUAAUGGUGGGGGUGGAGGAGGCGGCGGAGGAGGUAGUGCGGGCGCGGGACAGGCGAGCAAGGCCAGUACCGUCGAAAUGGCGAUCGAUUAUAUUAAGCAGUUGAAGAAGGAGCUGGAAGAUACGAAGGGUAGACUGGCCGAUGCGGAGAGGAAGUUGGGGGAGAAGGCUGGUGGGGAGAGCUGAUCCUUCCUUCCGCCGGGCGGGGGCUUUUUUACUUCUUUUUACCUUUUUAUAAUUAUACCUCUUCUUGUCCCUUCUUUCCCCUGUUCUCUUUUCCUUCUUUAUGGGGGGGUUCUUUUUUUUUCUUCGCUGGCCUAGGGAUCCGCGGUAUGGUGGAACAGUCAAUGGAGGGGGGAGGGUUUGGCUGGUGUGGCCAUGCUCGGUUCGUAUGCUGCGCUACGAUUGGAACAAAGAAAAAAAGGCCUCGGAAUAGCUUUGCUUCGGAGCGGGUACGGUGUUUUUCCUUUUUUUAUCCAUUUUACCCC